AUGAGAGAGAGGUUGAGAGAUGGGGCGAGACGAGGUCUUUUAUUGGGGAACGAGCGCCGCCCUUCCCGCUCCGGUGCGGGGUACUUUCCCACGCUGCCCCCGCCGCUGCCCCCGCCGCUGCCCCCGCCGACGCCGCUCGCCGACGCCGCUCGCCUCCGCACUUGCCCCCGCCGCUUCGCUGUCAGCGGAGACAGUGCGGCCUCGUCGCUGCAGGCAGCUCCCCGCCGGCGUUCCCCGCACCGGCGAGCGCCCGUGUCACGGACAGGCACUCGCUCAAACACGACCGUGACGGGCCCUGUCACGCGCGCUGGCGAGGCGAGACUCCGACGGGCUGCCAUGCCACACCUCCCAGCCAACCGCUCGCGCCGCCCCCGGCACACCCCCGCCCCAUCCCUCUCCCGAGGCCCCCGGAACGGAGCGUCCGCCCUGCCCCAACCAAUCGCGGGCCCGGCGACGCUCGAGCUUACUUACAAGCGCGUGCGUUACAUACGCACGCACGCAGCACGGCAGACGGGACGGCAGAGAGUGGAGGGACAGACGGGAGGGAAGCGCAGGGCGAGAGAGAAAGUAGAGGCGGUGCCGCCGCGCGCCGCCGCAUACUUAUACCCGCGCGCGUCAUCCUUGCACCUGCACGCCCCCCGCGUCCGACCAGCCCCUCCGCCCCUCCGUCCUCCGUCUCCCGUCUCCCGUCUCCCGUCUCCCAGCCUCGACGUCCGCGUCUUCGACUUCGAAGAACCCAAGCCCCGAUCGACCCGCGGUUCUCCCCCGCUUCCCCCGCAUCCACGUGCCUUCCGACUGCUUGCCGUCUCCCCCCACGCUUUCUUAACCCCGCACGCGUGCGGCGGCUCCGGCUCUCCAUGA